AUGGAAUCAAGCAAAAGAAACAUAUACUCCUUCAAGUUCAAUGAUCCCGAUCUGAAGAAUCUACGUAACUUGGUUUCUCAGAUGCACCCUGUAUACAGAAUCAACUUUGGAAAGAAUUAUGGCAAUUUGCUUAGCAUCCUUAAUCAACAAGUGGACCAUACAACCUUGAUCACUUUAGCCCAAUUUUAUGACUUACCUUUAAGAUGCUUCACCUUCCAAGACUUCCAGCUAGCACCAACGUUGGAAGAAUUCGAGCGUCUUGUUAGGAUUCCUAUGAAGGACAAGUCACUAUUUGAAGGGACAAAUGAAUCUUUGCCCCUUGAGGUCAUUGCUAGUGCGCUUCACAUGGAUGAAAAGGAAGCAAAGGACAACCUAGAGAUCAAAGGGAAUACCAAAGGGUUUUCACUAAGUUUUCUUUUGGAAAGAGCUCAUACCCUGUUGAAGGCAGAAAGUUGGGAUGCUUGUUACUCUGCUAUUGCAUUGGCUAUCUAUGGCAUCGUCCUGUUCCCUAAUAUGGAUGGUUUCGUAGACAUGACUACCAUUUGUGUCUUCCUUACAGGGAACCCAGUACCCACUUUGUUAGCCGAUGUCUAUUAUCACAUAAGUCAUAGGUAUACUAAGAAGAAGGGGUUGAUUGCUUGUUGUGCUCCUUUAUUGUAUCAGUGGUUUCUAGAACAUCUUCCGAAGACAAGUGCUUGGGUUGAACAGACAGAUAUUAGUUGGCCUCAGAGAUUGGGAUCACUCCGAUCUAUCUCUCUUGGUACUCCAAAGAAUAUAUCAACGCAGACAUCAUAUUCAGUUGUGGAGAUUUCCCAAAUCUACCGCUCAUUGGAACUCAAGGAUGUGUAA